UAGCCGCGGGACUGAGCGGGGAGCAGACGGGAAGUUGCGAGUGCCAGUGAGGCGGACUAGUCCGGUGAAGGCCACAAGCCACCCUGAGGCUGCAGAGGCCGCGCGGAGGGAGACGUCGCGUCGCCAGCUUGGGGUCGGGAAGCGCCGGGCGCACUGAGAUUUCCGGCGGGUUCGGCUGUGGCGGGAUUUGUGGGUGGAAGGCAGGCAUGGUCAGAACCGUUUCACUGACAGGAAAACAGAGACAGGACCUGUCUCUCUCCACGUCUUUCAACCAGUAAAAGCAGCCAAGCUGGAGUCCAAAGCCAGGUGUCCUGACUCCCAGCGGGGGGCUCCCUGCACCAACCAUGAGCCGCCUGCUCUGGAGGAAGGUGGCCGGCGCCACCGUCGGGCCAGGGCCGGUUCCAGCUCCGGGGCGUUGGGUCUCCAGCUCCGCCCCCGGCCCCGGCCCCAGCGACGCGCAGCUGCAGCCGCAGCAGCAGCAAGUGUCAUCCUCGGAGGACGGGCAGCUGCGGCACAACCCAUUGCACAUCCAGAUGCUCUCGAGAGGGCUUCACGAGCAAAUCUUCGGGCGCGGCGGGGAGAUGCCCGGCGAGGCCGCGGUGCGCCGCAGCGUCGAGCACCUACAGAAGCACGGGCUCUGGGGGCAGCCGGCCGCGCCCUUGCCCGACGUGGAGCUGCGCCUGCCGCCCCUCUACGGGGGCAGCCUGGACCAGCACUUCCGCCUCCUGGCCCAGAAGCAGAGCCUGCCCUACCUGGAGGCGGCCAACCUGCUAUUGCAGGCCCAGCUGCCCCCCCGGCCCCCGAGCUGGGCCUGGGCGGAGGGCUGGACCCGGUACGGCCCCGCGGGGGAGGCCGAACCCGUGGCCAUCCCCGAGGAGCGGGCCCUGGUGUUCGACGUGGAGGUCUGCUUGGCAGAGGGAACUUGCCCCACGUUGGCGGUGGCCAUAUCCCCCUCGGCCUGGUAUUCCUGGUGCAGCCGGCGGCUGGUGGAAGAGCGUUACUCUUGGACCAGCCAGCUGUCGCCGGCUGACCUCAUUCCCCUGGAGGUCCCUGCCAGUGCUGGCGGCCCCACCCAGCGGGAUUGGCAGGAGCAGUUAGUGGUGGGGCACAAUGUUUGCUUUGACCGAGCACAUAUCAGGGAGCAGUACCUGAUCCAGGGCUCCCGCAUGCGCUUCCUGGACACCAUGAGCAUGCACAUGGCCAUCUCAGGGCUAAGCAGCUUCCAGCGCAGCCUGUGGAUGGCAGCCAGGCAGGGCAAGCACAAGGCCCGGCACCCUGCACAGCGAGGCCAGAAAUCCCAGAGCAAAGCCAAUGGCCCAGCGAUCUCAUCCUGGGACUGGCUGGACAUCAGCAGUGUCAAUAAUCUGGUGGACGUGCACAGUCUCUAUGUGGGGGGGUCCCCCUUAGAGAAGGAGCCUCGUGAGCUGUUUGUCAAGGGUAGCAUGAAGGACAUCCGUGAGAACUUCCAGGACCUGAUGCAGUACUGUGCCCAGGACGUGUGGGCCACCUAUGAGGUUUUCCAGCAGCAGCUACCGCUCUUCUUGGAGAGGUGUCCCCACCCGGUGACUCUGGCCGGCAUGUUGGAGAUGGGUGUCUCCUACCUGCCCGUCAACCAGAACUGGGAGCGUUACCUGGCGGAGGCACAGAGCACCUAUGAGGAGCUCCAGAGGGAGAUGAAGAAGUCGCUGAUGGACCUGGCCAACGAUGCCUGCCAGCUGCUCUCAGGAGAGAGGUAUAAAGAAGAUCCCUGGCUCUGGGACCUGGAGUGGGACCUGCAGGAGUUUAAGCAGAAGAAGGCAAAGAAGGUGAAGAGGAAGGAGCCGGCUGCAGCCAGCAAGUUUCCCAUCGAGGGGGCUGGGGCCUCUGGGGAUCCCAAGGAUCAGGAAGACCCCGGCCCCCCCAGUGAAGAGGAGGAGUUUCAGCGAGAUGUCACAGCCCGCGCCUGCUUGGAGCAGCUGAGGGAGACCACAGAGCUCCUGCCCAAGAGGCCCCAGCACCUUCCUGGACACCCCGGGUGGUAUCGGAAGCUCUGUCCCCGGCUAGAUGACCCUGCAUGGACCCCCGGCCCCAGUCUCCUCAGUCUCCAGAUGCGGAUCACACCUAAACUCAUGGCAUUGACCUGGGACGGCUUCCCUCUGCACUACUCGGAGCGGCAUGGCUGGGGCUACCUGGUGCCUGGGCGGCGGGACAACCUGGUUAAAGUGCCCACAGGCACUGCCCUAACGUCGACUGAGGUGGCCUGCCCCUACACAGCCAUCGAGUCCCUGUACAGGAAGCACUGUCUUGAACAGGGGAAGCAGCAGCUGGAGCCACAGGAGGUGGGCUUGGUGGAGGAGUUCCUGCUCACCGACAGCAGCACCAUGUGGCAGACGGUGGAAGAAAUGGGCUGCUUAGAAGUGGAGGUGGAGGCCAAGAUGGAGAACUUGCAAGUGGCGGUGCCAGGUCAACCCCCAGCUCUGACUGCUGCUGGUGGCCCAAAAGCCAGCCAGCCAGCCUAUCACCAUGGCAAUGGACCUUACAACGAUGUGGAUAUCCCUGGCUGCUGGUUCUUCAAGCUGCCUCACAAGGAUGGUAACAUCUACAAUGUGGGCAGCCCCUUUGCAAAAGACUUCCUGCCGAAGAUGGAGGACGGCACCCUGCAGGCUGGCCCAGGAGGUGCCAGUGGGCCUCGGGCUUUGGAAAUCAACAAAAUGAUUUCUUUCUGGAGGAAUGCCCAUAAACGUAUCAGCUCCCAGAUGGUCGUGUGGCUGCCCAGGUCGGCUCUGCCCCGUGCUGUGACCAGGCACCCAAACUACGAUGAGGAAGGCCGCUAUGGGGCCAUCCUGCCCCAGGUGGUGACUGCUGGCACCAUCACCCGACGGGCUGUGGAGCCCACGUGGCUCACUGCCAGCAAUGCCCGGCCUGACCGAGUAGGCAGUGAGUUGAAGGCCAUGGUGCAGGCCCCACCCGGCUACGUCCUCGUGGGUGCUGAUGUGGACUCACAGGAGCUGUGGAUCGCAGCUGUGCUUGGAGAUGCCCACUUUGCCGGCAUGCAUGGCUGUACGGCCUUUGGAUGGAUGACACUGCAGGGCAGGAAGAGCAGGGGUACCGAUCUGCACAGUAAGACCGCUGCCACGGUGGGCAUCAGCCGUGAGCACGCUAAGGUCUUCAACUAUGGCCGCAUCUACGGGGCAGGGCAGCCCUUUGCUGAGCGCCUGCUGAUGCAGUUCAACCACCGGCUCACACGGCAGGAAGCAGCUGAGAAGGCCCAGCAGAUGUAUGCGGUCACCAAGGGCCUCCGCCGGUAUCGGCUGUCAGAUGAUGGCGAAUGGCUGGUGAGGGAGUUGGACCUUCCCGUGGACAGGACUGAGGAUGGCUGGGUUUCCCUGCAGGAUCUGCGCAAGAUCCAGAAAGAAGCUUCAAGAAAGUCACGAUGGAAGAAGUGGGAGGUGGUAGCUGAACGAGCAUGGAUGGGGGGCACAGAGUCAGAAAUGUUCAACAAGCUGGAGAGCAUUGCCAUGUCCGACACACCACGUACCCCAGUGCUGGGCUGCCGCAUCAGCAGAGCCCUGGAGCCGUCUGCCGUCCAGGGGGAGUUUAUGACCAGCCGUGUGAACUGGGUGGUGCAAAGCUCCGCUGUGGACUACUUACACCUCAUGCUUGUGGCCAUGAAGUGGCUGUUUGAGGAGUUUGCCAUCGAUGGGCGCUUCUGCAUCAGUAUCCAUGAUGAGGUGCGCUACCUGGUGCGGGAGGAGGACCGCUACCGCGCUGCCCUUGCCCUGCAGAUCACCAACCUCCUGACCAGGUGCAUGUUUGCCUAUAAGCUGGGUCUGAACGACUUGCCCCAGUCAGUCGCCUUUUUCAGUGCAGUCGAUAUUGACCAGUGCCUCAGGAAGGAAGUGACCAUGGAUUGUAAAACCCCUUCCAACCCAACUGGGAUGGAAAGGAGAUAUGGGAUUCCCCAGGGUGAAGCGCUGGAUAUUUACCAGAUAAUUGAACUCACCAAAGGCUCCUUGGAAAAACGAAGCCAGCCUGGACCAUAGCUCUGCCUGGAGGCUCUGUAUUUGCUCCCAUGGAGCUUCAUUGGGGCGGUGCAGGCUCCUAAACUCAGGCUUUCAGCUGUGCUUUUUGCAAAAGGGCUUGCCUAAGGCCAGCCACUUUUCAGUAGCAGGACCUGCCAAGAAUGAUUGCCUCUAACUAAAGGUGCAGUUGAGUUCAGUGGGUUCAGAACCAAGAUGCCAACACUGGUGCAGGCUGUAGGACAACGGGGCAUUGUUGCUUGUUGGGUAAAAAGAAAGCAGAAGCCCCAAAGGUCGCAUUAACUCAGGCAUUUCAUUUCUUUUUUUUCUUCUUGGCUGGUUCUUUGUUCUGUCCCUCUUGCUCUGAUGCAGUGCCCUAGAAGAGGGAAAAACGUAAUGCUCUAAUGUGAUAAACCUGCUCAGAGGCAGUGGAAAUAAAAAUCCUUUAUCUUCUCAUCA